GUCGUGUUCAAAUACACUGUGAAGUGAGACAACAGAAAGAGGGAGGGUACGGGACAGGAAGUGGCAGAGAGAUGGAUGGGAAGCGUGUCAGCACAAGCGGCACAAACCACAUCAGCGCUGAGCAAGUUUCAUGCAGAGGCCAGCGACUGACCGACCGACCCAGCCCUGACAAAAGGAGCCACGGAAUUGUCACCGCACGGCACGAAUCACACACGGAGAGCACCGCACCUCAGCCACCAGCCACCAGCCACCUUGCACCUAUUGCACUGCACUUUAAUUGAAUAAAUCCACCCUCCGGGGACGGUUGGUACUCCUCCCCUAGGAUGGAAGAACUGCUCCGGCAAUUGACCGACGUCAGCCUGCGCCAGCAGCAGAUUGUCGAACAUCUGGCCACGCGCCAAGGCCAGGCUGAUCAGGAAAUCGCCGCCCUUCGCACGGCCGCCCGCCAGCGCGUUCCGUUACCCGACCCGCGCGUGCAGGCCGCCCAGCUCUUGCCGAAGAUGACCGCACACGAUGACGUUGAAUCAUACAUACAGAUGUUUGAAACUACGGCCAUCACGGAGCGAUGGGACCCCGACGAUUGGGCCCGAGCGCUGGCCCCCCUCCUCACGGGCGAAGCCCAACGCGCCUUCUUCAGCCUGCCAGCGGAAACGGCGGAAAAUUACGAAGAGGUGAAGAAGGAAAUUCUCGCCCACGUGGGGCUUUCCCCGACGUGUGCGGCCCAGGCAUUCUUCGAGUGGACGUACCAACCCCGGCGGCCCGCGCGGGUCCAAGUAGCUGAACUCUCUCGCCUAGCCCAACAUUGGCUGAUGGUAGGCACCCCCACCGCCGCCCAGGUAACGGAUCGCGUGGUCGUUGAUCGCCUCCUCCGAGCCCUGCCCCGUAGCGUUCGCCCCGCCGUAGGCAUGAGGAGCCCAACCACCACAUCCGAGUUGGUAGAGGCGAUCGAGCUGGCUGAGGCGGCCCAUCGUCGCGAGGCCGGGGAGCGAGUACCACCAUUUCCCCGGAGGGUGGUCUCAGAGCAACGCACGCCGGAGGGCAUCUCGCGACCGGUAGACAGGACGGCGGCCCCCGAGCCUCAAGAUGAGCCCAUGCCAACGGCUUCCUCGUCCCCCAAAACCCGGACCUGGUGGGCAGGCUGUGUCGUCCAUCAGGAACUACCGAAAGGGGCUCCAACGGCCACGGUUAGGAUUGGUAACCGGCAUUACAGGGCGGUUCUAGACUCCGGAAGUGCCGUCAGCCUCGUCCAGACAGGAAUACUGCCCCCGCCGCACAAGACCAAGGCUACAGUACCCAUUACCUGUGUCCACGGGGAUACACGGGAGGUCCCCGUGCGCCGCCUCACCAUCGCCGCGACCCCAGGUUCAUGGCCAGUGGAUGUGGGACUGGUGAAGGACCUGCCCGUGGCGGUCCUGCUGGGACGAGACUGGCCGGGGUUCGAGGCCCUGCUCCGCGCCACCACACAGCCUGCCUGUCCCAACGGGGGCCGCCGUAGACGACGCGCUGCCAAGAAGCCCAGCGGUCGUCCCGUUCUCCUGGCCUCGGACAGUGGACGCGAUGGUGAGUCCCCCUCCCCUAAUACUAAUCUCUUUUAGGAUGUGUUCCAGCAGGUCACGGGAGGGGGCUCAUUUGGCCGGGCCCAGCGAGAGGAUGAGAGGCUGAAACAUUGUUUGACCCAAGUGCGUGUCCUGGAAGGGAAGGACACCCAGCCCAAGCCCCAUCCUCUCCCCCACUUCGUUGUGGAGAACGGCCUGCUCUACUGUGUCGCCGAGCGAAGGGGGGAGACAAAAAAGUUGCUGGUGGUCCCCAGGUCGAAGACAGAAGCGGUCCUGCACUUGGCUCACGCCCACCCGCUAGCCGGACACCUCGGGGCAGGCAAUACUAUCCAAAGAAUCCGGGACCGGUUUCACUGGCCCGGCCUGGAGGCCGAGGUCCGACGGUACUGCCAAGCCUGCCCCGAGUGCCAGAAGACAUCGCCGUACCACCCUCCCCCCUCGCCGCUCAUCCCACUGCCCAUCAUAGAGGUGCCCUUCGAGCG